UCCGCCCUCUCCUCCUCUUACUCCCUCAGGCUCCUGGCGGGUCCAGUCCGCCUAGCUGUCCUGCGCAGCCAUUCCCCUGCCUCCGAGCAGAGCCCACCUGGUCCGCUGAGGAGGUAAGACACCGGUACCUGAGGAUAGACUGCAGGAAGCAGGAAGGGACUUCGGGAGAUAGCCUUUCUUAAGAGGCUGGAGGGCCCCAGGGUAAGAGCUGCCCCGCCUCCUCCCGCGGAGGAAUUGGGACAGACGGAAAAGGGGGCACCAAGUGGCGCCACCUGAGGACCAGAAUAUUGUGGUGCUCCCUCGGGGUCGUGUUCGUUGAUCUCUUACUCCCUGGCACUCAGAAUGGGGUACCUAUGGGUCCCAGGUACAAGUCCAGCUGAUGAUAGCUGGAACCCCAGGCUAUCAAACCCAUUGCCGUCGAGUUGAUUCCGACCAUAAUGACUCUAAAAGACUGAGUAGAACUGUCCCAUAGGGUUUCCAAGGCUAUAAAUCUUUUACAGAAGCCAGACUGCCGUAUUUUUUUCCCACGGAGAGGCUGGUGAGUUCCAACUGCCAGCCUUUCAGUUACCAACCGAGCGCUCAACCACUGCACCAUCAGGGUUCAAAUGGCGCAAAUUCCAGGAGCGGGUUUUGCCUGGAAGAUAAGGGAAACUGGAAACGACUGGCAAGUGGUGUGUUGUGUAAGCAAACUUUGUUGUUAGGUGCCAUCAGUCGGUCCCAACUCAUUGCCCCCUUUUGUAUAACAGGACGAAACGUUGCUCAAUUUUACAGUAACCUUAAAAUAAAACUGACAACUUCAAAGAGGACGCACACCCAUCUCCCCUCCCCAAGGGCGGUGCUGUGAGGUAGGAGGGUCUGCGGAGAUCUAGCCGGGCACCACCUGCCCAGCGGAAGCCAGGGCUGCUUGGGGUUCCGACUUGAACCCAGGGCCCCUCAGACCUCAGAGCCGUCAGCUCCAGAGCCCACAAGCUUUUCUCCGCCACGCCGACCUUUUCUAGGAAGUACCCGGGACGUUGCGCGGCGCAGGAAAGAGAACGAGCCUCACCACUCCGGGCGGAUCCAGCUGUGCCCCGCCCGCGCCCCCGCUUCCUGAUUGGCUCAUGGUCCCUGCCAAUUAAAAGUUUUAUUUUAAAGCUCCCGCCCUGUUAACCCUGUAGUCACUAGAGAUAGGACGUGACAAGCGCAGCAUUUCUCAGCUAGGGGCCAGGGGAUCCACUCCGCGCUUGCUGAAAUGAAGAUUCCCGGGUCCUACCCUUUCCGGAGAGCCUGACUCAGUAGGCAGAAGCUACCCCCACCCUGUACCAGGCUAUGGCUGAACCCAGAGCGCAGUUGCCUGAGGAGGUGCUGGCGCUCAUCUUCCGCCACCUGUCCCUGCGGGAUCGCGCCACCGCCGCUGGAGUCUGCCGGGCCUGGGCCGCCGCUGCCACCUACAGCACCGUGUGGCAUGACACGAACGUCAGUUGCGACUCUGAGCCGGAAGGCAUGCUAUCACCGUAUCUGUCCUCCUGCCUGGACCACAUCCACAAUCUGCGUCUGGAAUUUGAGCCAUCGAGGGAGCCGAGCCGCCGGGCGGCCACAACGCUGCUGACGGCGCUGGCGGGCCGUGCCCAGGGGUUACAAGGCCUGUGCCUGGAGUGCCACGGAGAGAAGCCUCUCUUUGACGCGGGCAGCGAUGUCCUGGACGCGGUGCACGCCGUCUGCCAGGCUGCUCGCGCGCUGCGCCAUCUGGACCUGCGGCGCUUGCCCUUCACGUUGAACGACGCGCUGGUUCUCCAGGUGGCACGCGGCUGCCCGGAACUCUGCAGCCUCUUCCUGGACAACUGCACUCUCGUGGGCAGCGUGGGGCCGGACUCCGUACUCAAGCUGCUGGUUGCCUGCCCGAGAGUGCGUGUCCUCGGCCUGCACCUUGCCAGCCUGUCGCGCGCCACCCUUGAGGCGUUAGCUGCGCCGGACCGCGCGCCUUUCGCGCUCUUGGCCCUGAGGUGCGCGUCUCCCGAAGACGCGCGCGCGCCAGCACUGCCCGACGAGGCCUGGGCUGCACUGCGCCACCGCCAUCCGGGGCUGGCCGUGGAGCUGGAGUUAGAGCCCGCGCUGUCUGCCGACACCGUGAGGCGCGUACUCCAGCCUUCAGUACCAGUGACUGCGCUGCGCCUCAACCUUUCGGGCGAUACCAUAGGCCCCGUGCGCUUCGCAGCGCACCACUACGCGGCAAACCUGCGCACGGUGGAAGUGCGCGCCGCCGCCUCGGCCGAACUGGACGCUGCCCUGGAGGAGCUGGCGACGCGCUGCGCGGGCCUGCGCGAGGUACAUUGCUUCUGCGUGGUGCGGCCCGCCGUUCUGGGCGCCUUCCGCUCGCACUGCCCGCGCCUGCGCAGCUACACGCUCAAACUAACGCGCGAGCCGCAUCCCUGGCGGCCCACGUUGGUGGCGUGAUGAAACAACGCCCGCCUUCCGGCAGAAGUGCGGCCUCUGGGACGCUGUUUGGGGGGCCCAGGAACACCCCAACUGCUAGCCCCUUCCUUCGGGGUUCUGUUACCUUCUGUGCCUCUCGGAGAUUGGGGCCUGUGGGAUGGCAUUGGGACCAGUCCGGGGCGUCCAGAGCACGGCUGGGGCUCUCAAUCUCUACAGACGCCCCGCUGUGUCCCGGGCGUAGUGGGGUCACCCUCCCCUAGCCCCACCCCUCUGCGGACUCUGUGCUAGCUCCGCGGCUUGGACUCCGGGACAGGGAGGGCACGGGUCGGGACUCAGGGGUGAGAGUGCAAUAAAGUAUUGAAGAAUCUCUGCGUCCUGUCAAAGGUGAGAUCGGCUCUGAGCGGGGAAGGCGCGGAGGCCGGGGAAGCUGUCUUGGCAGGAGUUGGAGGGGUCCGACCCCUGAGGCCCAAUGCGGGAAUCAGGGACGGGACACUCGCACUUUUAGAGUGACAACGCCCCAGCAUUCAGUGGGAAGGAGCCCGUUCCCUCUCUCCCUAUCCUACCUCCCCCCCUCCCCGCCCCGCCCUGUGGGGCUUCACCAUGUCCACCGACUUCUUCCAGAAAACAAGGCCGGGUCCAGGCGAUUUCUCAAGCCGGUCUGGGAAGGGUGGGCACUCGAACCCGUAUCUCCACACUACACACAUCUAAUCCCAGCCUUCCCUUUCUGUCUGCUGGUGCGGAGGCCGCGGUCUGAGCCCCGCCCCGCGGGUUCGCACGUGGCCCCCGCCUGACCCGGCGCCCGGAGGCGGAGUAGGGCCGAGCGGG